AUGGCAAGUCUGAAAGACGAAGAAUGCAGAUCGAAAUUUCGCCAACGUGUAUCUAUUCAUGUUGGAGUACGGACCUGGAAGAAGCUUUGCGAUGCAGAGUCCUUCACAAAGUGUAUCCAGGAUGCGGAGAAGAAAACGCUAGCCCAAAAAAUUGAUGCUCCCACUCGUUUCCGUUCCAUUCUCGACGUCGUUCUUUCUUCCGGAUCUAGUAUCAGUGAUAUCGAAAUUCUGACUCCCUUUGACAAGUCCGAUCAUAUUGUUGUUUCUUUCAAGUUCGACUUUAAUACCGACCAAAUCUAUCUGCCCAUGCCAGAUUUCAGUUGUGUAAACUAUUCCGAGUUACGUAAAUUUCUCGCUCGCGUGGACUGGCUGGAAGUUUUCGACAACUGUCAGUCGAUACAUAAAAGUACGACUGCGAUUUUCCUGCUACUUUCUUUCCAGCGAGCUCAAAAUAUUUGUGCUUCCGUCUCUACACACUGGUUGAGCGGGAAGGCCAUCUUGUUGGCUGAUUUAUUCAACAAGAGCAACGUUUUGAAGCAUAAGUGGAAGAAACAUUAG